CGCUAUGCGCGCUCGGCGCUGCGCUCCCUCAGGCUCCUCCGUCUCCAACAACCUUCUCUUCCCUCUCCUCCUUACUCAUCUCCCUUCCUCGUUCUCGCUCUCCAAGCUGUCCUCGAGGCCGCCCUCCUUGGCGUCGGCCUCACGCCCAUGAACUCUCUAUCCUACCUCUCUCGCCAGUUCGAUGUCUUGGCUUCGACCCGCACGCCACCGAGCACUCCCGCCUCAGAGUCUCCAUCGUUCUCGCUCGACGGUGAACGUCAAACACGGCUCAAACGCUCUGGAUCGACGAAGUCCUUUUUGGUACCACAGCCGCCGUCGUCCUCGUCCGGGUGGAUAUUGAAACGGUCGCACUCGUCUCCCGCCGAGGUGAACCCAAACACCUUCUCUCCGCCGUCUGCUUCUCUCCUCGCGCCUGCUAUAUCGCGCAAGAAGCCCUCGCGACCGCCAUCUCGGCGGCCUUCCGUCUCUUUGACAGAGAGUACCAUCCGUCCUAAGGCCAGCGCGGCGUCCCCGGCGUUCCGUCACUUUGUCUUCGUGCGCAUCAUCCUUCAGCUCUGGCACGCUCUAGUGGCUGCCGUGCGCUCUCUCACGAGGCUACAGAACCCUGCGCCCACAACAGGCGCAGUCGAUGACGUCGCGGUAGAAGAUAAUUCUGAUGAGGAGGAAAAGGACACCGAGGACGAGAGUAGAGACGAGAAGCCCCCAGCCAUUCCCUCUGUAUUACUAGAUUCCACACCGCACCCUCCGUACCAGCCUGCAAUCCCAUCCCCACUAUCCCAGCCGCCGCCUCCGUACACAAAGCUCCCGCCAGAGAAGGAGCUGCACCCCUCGCCGAUAUCCACACCUCCUGCUGUCUUGGAUUCGAAAGCCACAGCAGCAUCCCUGACGCCGCCGCCAGCUACCCGCUCGCGCUCAGUAACACCGACACCGCCAGCGAAGAAGGCAGCUUUGCUCAUGCCAAAGACACUUGUCCUUGACUUAGAUGAGACUCUGAUUCAUUCCACUUGCCGACCAAUACCUUCCGCGGGCGGAUCAGGGUUGUUAGGAUUCGGCGGCAGGAAUAAGGGCGUAGGGUAUACAGUGGAGGUUGUGUUGGGUGGUCGCAGUACACUCUACCAUGUGUACAAGCGGCCGUUCGUCGAUUACUUUCUCCGCAAGGUAUCGCAAUGGUACACGCUCGUUAUCUUUACCGCCUCAAUGCGCGAGUACGCGGACCCCGUAAUCGACUGGCUAGAUGCUGGUCGUGGUAUCUUCAGUCGUCGAUAUUUCCGAGAGGAAUGUACACAACUCUCGAACGGAUCAUACACCAAGGACUUGUCGAAGAUCGAGCAGGACCUUUCGAGAGUCUGCCUCAUAGACAACUCGCCUGUGUGUUACAGCAUUAAUGAAGCGAACGGGAUUCCAAUAGAAGGUUGGACUCACGAUCCUCACGAUGAAGCUCUCCUCGACCUCCUUCCUGUGCUCGACUCCCUCCGCUUCACGAGCGACGUCCGGCGAGUUCUCGGGAUUCGCGGUUUCUCAUGACCCGCGUCUCCGCUCACGCAGGCCUUCCGCGCAUCUCCCGCAAUGGGACUUGCACGCGCGCCCUGCGCGAGCCGCGCGUCUCUGCAUCCCCAACUUUCGUCCCACUCCCCCUUCCGAUGUCGCGCUCGUCCUCCGGGUUUCAGUUGAGCCAUUCGUUCGUUCGUUCGUCUCAAUCGUCACGUCUUGCCACUCUUCCAUCGUUGAAAGGAACUAUCGCAUCUGCUUAUUAUUCCUCAACUUACUGUCGAUCUUGCAUCUCCCCUUCCCCCGCAUCCUUUCCUCUUCCCAACUUGGUCCCCAUUCCCCCUCAUCCCAUCGCCUCUCGUACCCCCUUCCCCCAGCCCCCCCUUCGCGACGUCCGUUUGUCUUUCA